UGUUACAUUCAAAUUUUGUACAACUUUUAAGAUUUCUGUGAGUCAUAAAUUUUAUUCGGCCAAGGCGAUCUACGGAUCUACGAUCUACGGCGAUCUGCAGUGCAUUGAACAAACCGCCAUGUUUCCAAACAAUUUUUACAAGAUGAAGAACUUUGCCAAUCCGAAAACAAUGUUCAAGAGCAAUGCCAACAACGAUGAUAUGCCCCCACAGGCCACCCAGACCGUAGCAGCUCCCACUGAGGUUACCAAUGCGGCUGCAGUUACUCAGCCGGCAGCUCAGCCCAUGAAGCCUCAGAACUCGAAGAACGCCCCAAAGAAGACCCCACCUGUAGAGCCCCCGAAGCAAGGGAAGAAUAAGAACAAGAAGGCUAAGAAGACUCAGAAGGAUAAACCUCGUUCUUCUAGUCAGGCGAGCAGCAAGAAUGUAAGUCAGAAGGGGUCCAAGGAGGAAGUAGCUGAGACUGAAAAGUCCAAGGGAAGUGAGGUGCUGCAAAAAGGAAAGGGUCAAGAAAAUGAAAAGGUCCAGGAGAAAGUUAAGGAAAAGGUUCAGGAGAAAGAAAAAAAUACAGACCAAAAGACAGUACAGGAGGUGCUCAAGAAGGUUUCAGAUAUAACUAUUCAGGAGGAGAUGUUGCCCGAGAAGAUGACGGAGAUUAAUCCGGAGGAGGUGCCGGAUAAGAUGACUUUAGAACAAAAAUUGCUAGAGAAGAUUGAGAAAAAGCUUAAAGAGCAGCAGGCUCUCGAUGAGAUGUUAGAGCCGAAUCUUUACCAAACCACAUACGAUGCAGUCGAACCCAUUUAUGUCGAAGACGAAGUUAAGCCGGAGGAGUCCAAUUCAGUAGAGACUGCGCCAGCAAGUGAAGUCAGUGAGGAGGAUGAGGGACCGCAACACCCCCUCAACAGCCGCUGGACUCUUUGGUAUCUGGAGAACGAUCGCACCAAGAGCUGGGAGGAAAUGCUGCAUGAGGUCACCACCUUUGAUACUGUGGAGAACUUCUGGAGCCUGAUGACUCACAUCAAGCCACCUUCGGAACUGAAAAUAGGCAGCGACUACUGCCUCUUUAAGAAGGGCAUUCGACCGAUGUGGGAGGAUCAGGCCAAUGUCCGCGGAGGACGAUGGGUCAUCAGCUUGACCAAGAACACCAAGACGGAACUGGACACCUUUUGGAUGGACUCAAUGCUCUGUCUGAUCGGUGAGGACGGCGACUUCGCAGAGGAACUGUGCGGCGCGGUAGUUAAUAUCCGUGGGAAGUCCAACAAGAUCUCCAUUUGGACCGCGGACGGGGCAAAGGAGGGAGCUGUCUUGGAAAUCGGACGCAAAUUGCGCGAGGGUCUGCAUAUGGAUAGUACUUAUGUUCUGCAGUAUCAGCUGCACAAGGACACCAUGGUUAAGCAGGGAUCCACCGCCAAGUCAAUAUAUAUCCUAUAACAGCUCAUCGACCAUAAACACCAAACUGAUCGGCGCAGGCCUCGGACACCUGCCCCUUUUAGUUAUUUUCGGUAUUUUUUCACAACUAGAAACCAUUAGAUGAUGACCAACAAUUCGACUAUUCCCCAUCCACUAUGAAUCGUUCUAACGUCGAUCGGAUGCCAAAUCCCCAGUGAAGUCUUCCUUGAACAUGUUCUACAUGUAAAUUUUAACGUUGCUCUUGCGAAGCGAACAAAUAUAUAUAAUAUAACCCGUGUU